GCAAAAACGUCGUCCUGAACAUGCAUCCGUCACACAAGCUAUCGCCGGAUGCUCCAUUGAGAUCGACCGUUAUUUGUUGGAGUCUUUGGUUGUUUCCUACUCUUUAUAAAUUACCAUGAUUCACUUACUACUGCGUUUGGCUAGUGGUCGUUCCAAAUGGAAAGUCACUACGACACCCACCAAGGGUCGGCAAUCCUACGGAGGCAGCAGGAUUCCGUGGGACCCACCGCAACGCAGUUAACCGCGGCUGUCACACUUGGCUGUGUGAAACUGGUAGAUGCGACAGGCUACGAACAUGCGAUAUCAGUGACCUGUUGCACCUCAUUUCAGCAACUCAAUAAGAUGCUCCAGGUUCUGUUCGAAUGCAAGUCGAUUGAAGCUCGAAUUCAGAGACAGUAUAUGGAACAAGGACAAUAUGAUUUGUGCAUUGACGACGACAAGCAAGUGACCCGACUUACAAGCCAUGUGCAUGAAUGGCCAAGAAUUGAAGCAGGCACGACGAUCGUCAUGAGGAUUGUCUUUGAACAGGAUAUAGACACUCAAGUUGAAUACCAAUGUUAUAUGUGCGGCACUGUCAAUCGCAUUGAUGCCAAGCAUUCGCUUCAACGUCAGGCUGGUUUCUCGAUCAAUUGUCGAAUAUGCAAACGACGAUUUCAGAUCUCCCGCGAAUACAGUUCAAAGCCCAAAACACAAUUUUCCAUUGACUACACUGAAGCAGAAACGCACCUCAUUCGCAACUUUCAUGUCCAACAAAUGGAAGUAUGUGUUCUCGUCUUUUGACCUGCUUCCCCGACGCUGAUGGUGCUCUGGCC